CCAUAAUGCAUUGCGGGCAGCUAUCAUGGCGGCUCACUGAUGAGGAGAAGCGAUCUAAAGCAUAGAAAACAUCACUACUCGACCAGGAACUAUGAGCACUCAGUACAGCAUACUGUUCAAGCAGGAGCAUGCCCAUGACGAUGCCAUAUGGACGGCAGCAUGGGGGAGAAGUGAGAAGGACGGAUCAGAAACUAUCAUCACUGGCUCUCUGGAUGACAUGGUGAAAGUGUGGAAAUGGUCAGAUGAGAAGCUGGAGCUACAGUGGACUCUGGAAGGCCACCAGCUGGGUGUGGUGUCCGUGGACAUCAGCCAGAAUGGCGCCAUCGCGGCCUCCAGCUCCCUGGAUGCUCACAUCCGUCUUUGGGACCUCGAGACUGGCAAACAGGUCAAAUCCAUGGAUGCAGGACCUGUCGAUGCCUGGAGUGUAGCAUUUUCACCGGAUUCGAAAUACAUUGCCACGGGCAGCCAUCUUGGCAAGGUGAACAUCUUUGGCGUUGAGAGUGGGAAGAAAGAAUACUCCUUGGACACCAGAGGGAAAUUUAUUCUCAGCAUCGCCUAUAGCCCAGAUGGAAAGUAUUUAGCCAGCGGUGCCAUUGAUGGAAUCAUUAACAUCUUUGACAUUGCUACUGGGAAGCUCCUCCACACGCUGGAAGGACACGCUAUGCCCAUCCGCUCUCUCACGUUCUCUCCUGACUCACAGCUCUUAGUCACAGCCUCAGAUGAUGGUUACAUCAAGAUUUAUGAUGUACAACAUGCUAACCUGGCAGGCACCCUGAGCGGCCACGCAUCUUGGGUCCUCAACGUUUCCUUUUCACCUGAUAACACACACUUUGUUUCCAGCUCGUCAGAUAAGAGUGUGAAGGUGUGGGAGGCCAGCACCAGGGCGUGUGUGAACACUUUCUUUGACCAUCAGGACCAGGUAUGGAGCGUGAAGUACAACAGCACUGGCUCCAAGAUCAUUUCGGCCGGAGACGACAGAGCCAUCCAUAUAUACGACUGUCCCAUGUGAGGCUUUUUCACCAUUUGCUUCACACCUGACGGGAAACUACUCUAUCUGAGAUACAUCAUAUGGAACUUUUACCAGAGCCGUGCUCUUUGUCCAAAAAUAUUCAUACAUAUCAUCUUUGCUGAUCCACGCAUUCCUCUAACAGCUUUUAAAGGAAAUAAACCUUUAAAACCAUCAGACACAUGCAUAGGUAAAACAUAACCCUGAGAUCUGCUGUUUCAUCUUACAUUAUUGUCUCCUGAAACAUUAUCCACUUGUAAGAACAAUAAAACAUUUUAUAAAUAAUAUAAUAUGGUGGGUUUUUUUCCCCCUUGAGGAAUGGACUAUUUGUAGUGUUCAAUUAUUUCUUCACACACAAUAUCAAGCUGUUCUCUCCAACACC